CAGCCAAGACAGAAAAUCAACCACAGCGAGGCUUUUAUUUUCUGCCAUGAAGUGAGGAGCCCUGUCGUGCACGAGGACGCGUCUGAUCGGUGUUUUUUGUUCCGGCAAAGAAAACAAGAAUCGUCGGAUCAGCGGGGAUGGAGAGCCAGCGCUGACGGAGAUCCCCGAGCUCCCUUGAUAACAACAGGUCUUAACCCCCCUGCGCCUCAAUCUUCCAUUUAGAAAAAUCUUCAAGCAACGGACUGAGACCUGGAGCCGAGACGAUCAAGCAUGGAUGUGCCCAGGAUGGCAGAGGGCCUCUUCAGCAGCACACUGUCCUCGUCGGGCGGCGGCCAUCACGUGCCUUCGUACCUGACGUUGGAGCAGAAGGCGGCCUUCGUCUUCGUGCUGCUGCUCUUCAUCUUCCUGGCCCUGCUCAUCGUGCGCUGUUUCCGCAUCCUACUGGACCCGUACCGCAGCAUGCCCUCGUCCAACUGGACUGACCACACCGAGAAAGACACGUUCGAUUACCGCAUAGUUUGAGGAGCGCACACAAUGAGGAACAAAAAAAAGACUGAGUAGAUAUGAAAAAGCAUUUUGGCCCUAAGACACAAUGACUGCUGAUUCACCAGGAGAGCGUUCAGAAAAUCUUCUGAAACACGAGAGUGGGAAGAAAUUCGAUGGCGGUUCAUCGCCGUCAAAAUGAACGCCAACCAUCAGCUUCUCCCUGCCAAAUCAGAAAAUUCUCAACUACACUAAGACAACCAGAACUAUGCUAUAAAGAUGAAUUUAUCAGCCCACCAACAACCAUGACCCUCAGUCCAAGUGAUGCACCGGAGCCGGCUACGGUUACCCAUAAUCCCCUUUCCCUGCCAUCUCGUGGACUACCUCAUUCCUCCUCCAUCUCAUGUGUGAAAGACUUUCGUGACAUCUCUCACAGGGUCGCAUAUCUUUUCAAAUCCAACACAGUUGGAUAAAAACAGAGUUUACAUCGUUCAUGUUUACGUCUUUCUCUUUUUUAUCGAUAAUGUAGACAAUCAGUGUUUGAAUUAGUUUGUCAGAAAAUAAUCAGAGUAAAUAGUCGAGGUCGUUGAGAUAUUACGUUCCAAGCGUCUUUGUCUUUUUCUGUGGACAAACACCAGAGACUUUAAAGGCGUUAAACGUUCAGGCAAAGAUGAAAUAAAUGCCUUAUGUCAUUGUGAGAUACUCCAUGGUGGUUGUUUCUUUUAAGACAGUGAGGUAAGGCCUCGUUUCCACUUAUGCAUAAGUCAGGAGUCAACCCUUUUAGUCCUACUGGAGCUCUAUGAUAUCCAAUGUGCCUGCAAAACUCCCUCUGUUAUAUUUCAGUGUGUCUCAAGUACACAAAAACUCAAUGAAGAUAAAAGAAUUGAACAUUAGCAGGGGAUUUUGAAGAAAGCUCUUUACUUUGAUGCGCUGUCUGUUGAUUGUCAAGUGAGUUUAUGUGAUUUAAAAGAACUUUUUUAGUUUUACCACAUCAUAAAUCUGAGUUUUGUUAAGCUGACUGCACACUAGAUGGCUUUAAACCCAAGUAUAGGCCAGAUUAGCCCCAGCGUAAUCAUGGGGUGUGUCCGGAUUUAAAGCUUGUUGCAUAUUUGUCCAAAUCAUCCUCAAGAAUAUGCCCUAGAUAAGAUUAUCUUUUAACUGCUCCCAGGGCCUCACUAAUUCUGAAUUGUAAAUUUCCAGCAUGUUUCAUAUUCUAGCCUGGACUUACCCAGUAAGAACACCCAAAAUAACCAAAAAGAGCAGGCAGACAUGAUGACAUCACCUACACAUAUGCUAUCACAAUUUUCUGCCAGGCUUUCUUAAUCAUUUUGGAUUUUUUAUUUUAGCAACUGUAAUGCACACCAGGACAGCUACCUGAGGAUUUCAGUCAUCCUCCAUGUUUGUUUCCCUUCUAGAGUAAUGCUUAGUCAUGAGUGUCUGUGGGAGCUGUAGCUGGCCUUAUUCUUUUAAGAUAUGAUGAUAAUUUAUGAAGACAGAAUGACUUCAUACAUAUCAAGCUUAUAAAUGCAGAUUGUUCUGACAUUUAAAGGAAUUAUCAGGAAAAAAAACAAGUAAGGAAUAUGAUGGUAGAGCACAGUCAUACAACCUAUUCAGUCAUUCAUGUCUUUUUAAUGUCUUUUAACAUCUUUACUUGUGGAUUUUGGCUACAGACAAACGGUUUUCCCUGGUAGCACUAACUUUCAGUACAGACCCAAAAUAAUCCACCCUUUUCAGUGUUCAGAUUCUGAUCGCAAAAAUGCUUCUCGUACGCCAACCCGUCUUUUUAAGCAUAUAACAUCCAGGCUGCUGCUUAUGCUAGGACAGAAUUCCUUCAAGUUUCUCUUUUUUCCUAACCUGACACGCCAGAUGGAAGUGUUUCACACAUCCAUCUGGUAAACCUCCCAUAGACAGCAUUUGGGAAAGGGCAGAGCCUUUGACAUAAAACUCGGAGGGUGAUAGGAUGAACGUUCUGUCUGUCACAUCUUUAUAGGCCAAUCAGAGCAACAAAACACAUUGUAGCCCAAAACUGAGGUGCACCACUACUGAAAACUCCAUAGAGAACCGCAUAACGAUUUUUGAGCAAAUUUUUGCCACCCAGAAAAUCUAAUUUUUGAGAUUAAAAAGUUUACAUUUACAAGACAACAAACUCAGGAUUUUAAAUUUAAAAAAUGGAUAUUUACAUGGAAAAAAAACAUGAAUUUUCUGAGUUUUUAAAGUCAUAAAUUUUAACAUUACAAAUUCAAACACUUUAACUAUGUAAAAUAAAAAAUGUAAAAGAACAAAAAUAGAAAACAGUUGGAAUUUGACUUUUUGAAUAUAUAAUCUCAAAAAUUCGUAAGUAUUGGUUCACAAUUAUUUACAACUUUGAAAAUAAAAUAAAACACUUUUUUUUUUGCAAAUUUGUAACUUUAUAAAACAAAGAAUUUUGAUUUUUUUCUUAAUUUUUUUUUUUUUUUAUUGUUGAGUGGUCCUAGUACACUGUUAUAAUAAUGAAUAGUUUAUUUAUAGCUCUACUGAAGAACAAGUGCAUGUAGGCCUGUUAUGUUAGGAUUGUGGCAAUGAAAACAGAUAAAUCUGAGGUUUGAUUUUUCAAAUGGGGGGGCUUAGCUUUCUUUAGAUACAAGUAGGCGGGCCCUAAGGAAAAAAAGUUUGGGAACCUCUGACUCAGCUGUUGAGAAGCACUCUGAAACUGAGGGAUGCUGCCAGUGUCAAAAGUACCAGGCUCUUACCUGCAGCAGUAUCUGCAGUUGGUCUUGUUUUAUCUCUGUAAUCCUCGAAACACAUAUUCAGAAGUACUUAGUGGCACAAAACAGACAAAAAAAAAAAGCCUGUCACCCAUGACUACAGGUAGUUUUUAUCAUGAGGAAAAAAAUGUACUGCAUUGGAUAUAAGCAGGCAUCAUCUGCAUAUUUACGAAUAUUUGGACACCUGUCAUAUACCUGAGUGGAAACGAGGCAGAAGACUGGUACUAAAGAGGUAUAGAUAAUCAAAAAGCAGGAAAACAGGGUGGAAAAGUUCCCUUUAAUGUUCUGGAAAGGUUUGGACAGACAGAUGCCAGCAGCGAGUAACUUUAACUGUUAUGUGUGUGUGUGGGAUUAAAAAAAAAAAAAAAAAAAGAGAAAACAAUUUGUCCUUUCGGUCGUUGACGGACCCACAGUGUCCAUGUCUUUAAAUGUCCACAACCAAAAGAAGUAUUCAAGAAAAAAGUUUACUGUGCUGUACCUUGUGCCUAAUUUGAGAAAAAAUUGAUGUUUUAGGAAAAAGGAAAGGAAGUGGGUCCAUAUUUUUGUCUUUAAAUGUAGUUUUUUUGUGUGUGUUUUGUGCCCAUUAAAAAACAGCAUUUUACUGCCUGCAGUUGGUAUAUUGACAGUUGGUAUGCCAGAUCUGCAGAGAGUUGAUGACGAAGAUGAGGCAUCUUCACAUCAAACCCUUUAUGAACUGAUGUUGUGGCUCUUUCGUUGGGCAAAUUUUCAACUGUGCGCCUUAUAGUGUAGAUUGUUUACAGUAUCGUAGGUAGCAGAGACACUGAAAAUCAGCCAGUCACUGAUGCGACUUUGUCUUUGCACUUCACAGAGAUGUCAUACAAACCACUCAAAAAGAAGAAGAAGAAAAUAUUCAUUCUUUGUUCUUGUUCCUGCUGGGACAGGAAGUGAACUCUGAUCCUUUCGAUGAAAAUGUGAUGUUCUCGUGAUCUGCUGUGGCCUUUUCCUACCUAUUGCAGAUGUUGUGCUGAGGUGACGUGUUUUCUAUUUUGUUUUCCGGCAUGUUAUUUCUUGCAGAGUCCCGUCUCUGUGCAUGAUAUAUGGUGAAGUGCUUUAAUCCUGAUGUUGUAGCUGUGGGUCAGUUGCUCCAGCAGCUAUUUCCUGUCUGUAAUGAAACCUUUUUCGUUUCGAUUUCUUUUUGC